CGUUCACUCGAUAGGGCGACCCGUCGUCUGGCGCACGGCGAGCUACAAGCAAUAUGGCGAAGUGUGUCACGAGCUCGGUGAGACGUAGUGUCGUUUGAAAAGGAUGAAACGCUCGCGGGUAUGGGUUGAGAAUGAUGCAGCGCUAUGAUGAUGAUCGUGUGAAUAUCGUAUCUGUGUACACAAAAGCGUCGAGCGGUUCCGUGUGAUCGGGAUAUACAGUGCGCGUUACCGGUGCGAAAUCAUGGCUACGGAUAAAAUAAAGGUUGCCGUUCGGGUUCGACCGUUCAAUCGCAGAGAGCUGGAACUCGGUACACAAUGCGUCGUCGAAAUGUCCGGACAGCAAACCAUCUUGCAACAUCCCACCACCAUGGACAAGAUCGAGCGGAGCAAACCAAAGACGUUCGCGUUCGAUCACUGUUUCUAUUCCCUGGACCCGGCCGGCGAGAAUUUCGCCAGCCAGGACGUGGUGUUCGACGCCCUGGGCCGGGACAUUUUGGACAAUGCGUUCCAAGGCUACAACGCUUGCAUUUUCGCCUACGGCCAAACCGGGUCCGGGAAAUCGUACACGAUGAUGGGAAGCGGCGAGAACAAAGGUAUUAUACCACGGCUGUGCGACAACCUCUUCGACAUGAUCGCGAAGCAACAGAGCUCGGAGCUCACCUACAAAGUCGAAGUCUCGUACAUGGAGAUCUACAACGAGAAGGUGCACGAUCUACUCGACCCGAAGCCGAACAAACAGUCGCUGAAGGUUAGGGAGCACAAUGUCCUGGGACCGUACGUCGACGGACUUAGUCAGCUCGCUGUCACGUCCUUUCAGGACAUCGACAAUCUGAUGGCGGAGGGGAACAAGUCGAGGACGGUGGCGGCGACGAACAUGAACUCGGAGAGUUCACGGUCGCACGCGGUGUUCUCCGUCAUCCUGACGCAGACGUUGACGGACUCGAAGAGCGGCGUCAGCGGCGAGAAGGUCUCGCGGAUGAGCCUGGUGGAUUUGGCAGGGAGCGAAAGGGCUGUGAAAACUGGGGCAGUGGGCGAUAGGCUUAAAGAAGGAAGCAAUAUUAACAAAUCCCUAACGACGUUGGGUCUAGUCAUUUCGAAGCUAGCGGAUCAGAAUUCCGGAAGUAAUAAGAAUAAGGACAAAUUCGUGCCGUACAGGGACUCCGUUUUGACGUGGCUGUUGAAGGACAACCUCGGCGGGAACAGCAAGACCGUAAUGGUAGCAACGAUAUCUCCCGCGGCGGAUAAUUACGAGGAGACGCUUUCAACUCUGCGAUACGCGGACAGAGCCAAGAGAAUCGUUAAUCACGCGGUAGUCAACGAGGAUCCAAACGCGAGGAUCAUUCGGGAAUUGAGGCAGGAAGUGGAAACGUUGAAGGAGAUGCUAUUACACGCAACUGGACAGGGAUCGAUAGUGGGUCAGCAACGCACAGACAUAACGGAGAAGCUGUCGGAAUCGGAACGGUUAAUGAAAGUGAUGUCGCAGACGUGGGAGGAGAAAUUAGUGGAAACGGAGAAACUGCAACACGAGAGGCAGCAAGCUUUGGAGAAAAUGGGGAUAAGCGUUCAGGCUUCCGGUAUCCAAGUGGAGAAGAACAAGUAUUACCUCGUUAAUUUGAACGACGAUCCAAGCUUGAAUGAGCUGCUAGUUUAUUACCUGAAGGAGAGGACCUUGGUCGGCGGACGUUCGGCAAAGACGGAGCAAGACAUUCAACUGCACGGGCUUGGUAUUCUACCUGAGCACUGUGUCAUCACGAUAGAGGAGACCGGCCUCUACAUGACGCCAUUAAACGGUGCUAGGUGUUUCGUGAAUGGCACUCAGGUGGUGGAGAAAACGCCGUUGUUGCACGGCGACAGGAUUGUCUGGGGAAAUCAUCAUUUCUUUCGGGUGAAUUGCCCCAGAAGCGCAACAGCGAUCAACAGCGAGCCUCAGACGCCAGCGCAGAAUAUCGAUUACAACUUCGCGCGAGAAGAACUGAUGCUUAACGAGCUGUCGAACGACCCUAUUCAGAGAGCCAUUGCCAGACUCGAAAAGCAGCACGAGGAAGAUAAACAGGUCGCGUUAGAGAAACAAAGACAAGAGUACGAGCGGCAGUUCCAGCAACUUCGCAAUAUAUUGUCCCCGUCGACGCCCUAUUCCCCUUACGUACCGUACGACCCUCUGCGAGGUAGUCAGAGCAGUAAGCUUCCUGCUUGCACGCCCACCACGCAGAUGCGAGUGGAGAAGUGGGCCCAAGAAAGGGACGAGAUGUUCAAGAGGAGUUUGGGUCAGUUGAAAGCGGACAUCUUGAAGGCGAACGCGUUGGUGCAGGAGGCGAACUUCUUGGCGGAAGAGAUGGGGAAGCAAACGAAAUUUAGCGUCACUUUGCAAAUUCCACCAAACAAUUUGAGUCCAAACAGGAAGAGUGUAUUUUUCCAGCGGGGCGCCUUCGUCAGCGAGCCAGCGAUUCUGGUGAAGAGGACGAAUAUGGGCAGCCAAGUAUGGUCCAUGGAGAAGUUAGAAAACAAGCUAGUCGACAUGCGGGAUAUGUACGAGGACAGAAAGGAUCCCAAUAAUUGUCAACGAUUGCCUGCCAUUAAGGACGAAGUGCCCGGGAAGACCCAAGACCCGUUCUACGAGUCACAGGAGAAUCACAAUCUCAUCGGUGUGGCGAAUGUUUUCUUAGAGGUUCUGUUUCACGACGUUCGGUUAGAUUACCACACGCCGAUUAUCAGUCAACAAGGUGAAGUCGCUGGACGACUGCAGGUCGAGAUUAGCCGCAUAUCUGGCCACUUCCCUCAGGAUCGUAUCUGCGAGGCGGCGUCGGAGUCGUCGGCUGACUCGACCUCGUCAGAGCCGGAGGAUUACUCCGGCUCGAGCUUUAUCACGUGCCGCGUGACCAUCAAACAAGCAACUGGUUUGCCACUGUCACUCAGCCAUUUUGUAUUUUGUCAGUACAUGUUCUGCGGGCACCCGGACCCCAUAGUGGUCCCGGCCAUUGACAAUUCCGAGCAGUUGAACUCGAACUGCCAGACAGGGCAGAGGGACUCUCUGGUGUUCAAGUUCAAUCACACGAAAGAUUUUACCGUGCCCAUAACGGAGGAGUUUAUCGAACACUGUAGUGAAGGGGCCUUAAGCAUAGAAGUUUGGGGACACCGAAGUGCCGGAUUUUCCCGAAGCAAGCCAGGCUGGGAAGUCGAGCAACAACUUGCCAAGGCCAGAUCUCUGGCUGAUCGAUGGUCAGAGUUAACGCGGAAAAUCGAACUCUGGGUAGAGAUUCAGGAACUGAACGAACAAGGAGAAUAUUCGCCAGUGGAUGUGGUUAUAAAACAAGAUACGUGGACAGGCGGUAUUUAUCAAUUACGUCAAGGGCAACAACGACGGAUACAAGUUCGAGUGAAACCAGUACAAAAUUCAGGGACAUUGCCCAUUAUUUGCCAGUCGAUAUUGAACAUAGCGGUUGGCAGCGUGUCUGUGAGGAAUCGUCUCCAAAUCCCGUUGGACAGUUAUCAGGAUGAGGACUUGAGCAUACUGAGGGAGAAAUGGAGCGAGGCGUUGAUGAGAAGGAGGCAGUACUUGGAUCAACAGAUACAGAAACUUAUCAACAAACAAGACAAAACUGAGCAGGACAUAGAGCGAGAGCAAAGCCUCGUGGAUCAGUGGGUCAGCCUGACGGAGGAGAGAAACGCUGUGUUGGUCCCUGCAGCGGGAUCGGGUAUUCCUGGUGCACCCGCUGACUGGAAUCCUCCUUUAGGCAUGGAGCCACACAUCCCUGUUCUGUUUCUUGAUCUCAACGCGGAUGAUCUUUCAACCCACCAGUCGGGAGAGGAAGUCUCCGUAACCGGGUUGAACUCGAUCUUACCAAAAGAGCAUGGCAAUAAGUUUUACAAUUUACCCAUAAUUCGUCGCAUAGAGAAAGACGUGUGCGCUAUCGCCGCUUGGGAUUCCAGUAUACACGACAACAUACACCUGAACAAAGUCACUGAUGCGAACGAGCGGGUUUUUUUAAUUUUGAAAACGACGGUACGCCUGUCGCAUCCGGCGCCGAUGGACCUUGUGCUGCGUAAACGGCUGGCCCUGAACAUCUACAAGCGACAAAGUAUCACGGACCGUAUCUUCAAGAGAAUCGUUCGUACCGACUGUUUGACUCAAACUGGCGUCACUUACGAGGUCGUGUCCAAUAUACCAAAGGCUAGCGAGGAACUGGAGGAUCGCGAGAGCCUGGCACAGAUAGCUGCCAGCGGUGAGGACAAUAGCUUGUGUGAUGGUGAAACUUACAUCGAAAAAUAUACACGCGGCGUGUCUGCAGUGGAAAGUAUCUUGACUCUAGACCGGUUACGACAGAACGUCGCUGUGAAGGAACUGCUGCAGGCACAGGGUCAACCACUUAUGCGCAAGACAGCAAGCGUACCCAACUUCUCGCAGGUACUACUGCCUCUCCGCCGUCUCGGACGCACUAUCAUGAGAUCCGACACCUCGAUGGACUCUUUGAACGUGACGCGUUCCGAAAGCGUGACUGAUCUCAACACCGAGUUGAAUGGGCUGCUUCAUUCGCGACGUGCGUCCGCGAGUCACGCCAGAAACGACGAGAACUUCGUUUCUGCGCCAGCUAAACCGUUCGGAAUCGGUAAGCAAACUUUCCGUUCUCGUUUUCGCUACAGUACUAUCUUUCCAGUGAAACAUUUCCAACAAACGACAGAUAUUCGGCGAAUCAUACGUUCUAUGAUUUCUUAAUUGCACAUCCUAAGCGACAACUGAAAGUACAUCGAAUAAUUGUACAUACAUUACGUUUAACGUUUAACAUUGUUGGAGGAGUAAAAAAAGAAAAAGAAAAAAAGGUUUGAAAGGAAAAACGUAAACUUAUGAAAUCAUAGAAGAAGACCAAAAGAGGUUUCGAUUGGCUUUCUAACUCUAAGUUAGAAGAAUAACCAUAAACGAAAGAUUCUUUUUUUUUUUUUUCUUUUAUUAUUAUUCACACAGAAAAUAGUAUCACUCAUCACAAUUCAUUUUCUCAUUCUCAUUAGUUCAUCGUUCAUUUUGUAGUAAUCCAUUUUAUCGACAUUCGGUACAAUGCCGAUCGCACAUGUCACUUGUAAUUUCCUCUUUUUUAAAUUUUCCUUUCCAAUUACGUGAUGGCAAUGGAAUUAACACGUUACUGUUGUUCAUAAUAACUUUUGUCGAUAUCCAACGGUACUGCCAUAAGCACGCCAGCAAAAAGGUAAUUCCAAGAUCUAUUGCAAGACAAUCUUUCAAUUUGUUCUUUCGCUGCGCAAGCAAGCAGUUUUUUUGCCACAAUGCGUUUCGACGAAGGCGUAGCUGAUUCUUUUAUGCGAACGAGUAUUAUUAUUGUUUUUCGUUUCACUUUGUUAACGCUGCUCAACGAUCGACACGGAGCUUGCUACAUUGGGCGCAGAGUUUUUACGCUAAAUGGAUUGCUACUUUACAUUGAAAGUUUGAACGAACUGAACUUUGAUUUUCUCUCUCUCUCCUUAUUUUUUUUUGUUUUCUCUUUCUCUUUUUUCCUUUCUUUUUAUGUUUAGAAACUUUUAUGAAUCUACAAUCUUAUGCGAAUUCAUCAUUUGAUUGAAUGCCGACAUCUUAGUUUGCUUAUAAAUCACAAUAUUUGAAUUAUAAUAUUCAAUAUAUAUAUAUAACGCUUUGAUAAAAUAUGGCACUUGGGUUUUUGAUGACUUUAGUCUUAGAAAUAAUACAUAACGACUUACGUUCUAAGAUUUCACUUCUCGUUGCCUUGAGUUUUUCGCUUUCUUGAAUAAUAUAUACCCGACGAAAAGUCUAUUCAUUCAUCUAUAUGAAAUGUGGCUUAUGCAGUGUUUUUUUUUUUUAAAUAUUAUACAUAUUUAUAUAUAUAUAUAUACCACCUUGCCAUGAUAUAGUCACUUUAUACGAUUUGCCCUAGUUUUUUGAUUGUUCUUAAAGUUCCACUGUUAUGUCUUCCUUUGGUAUUGGAUAUGUUGUUUCUGACUAUAACGAAAGAUAAUCAUUUCGACCGUUUCCUUUUUUUUCCUUUUUUUUUUUUUCGUCUUUUUAUUAUUGAGAUUUCAUGUCAUCCAUCGUUAGCAUUUCCUUUUUAUCGUGUCUGUUUCGAAUAAAAUCUUCGAUCUCCUCUCUACGUUCAUUCACAAACAGUAUCUUCUCCUUUUUUUGAAUAUUUAGUUCUCUUGAUAUACAUGAUAUUUGCAGCAAUAUUUUAAUGACACUUUCAGCAGGUAUUUGAUGGAAAAUUUUAUUCCAAGUUCCAUUUCGUGUAAAAUUGUGAAAUUGCAGGAAAAAUUGCUUGCAGUAUAAUUAAUCAACGUAACAUCUUGCGGAGAUCAAAUGAAUCUUGUUAAAAAAGAAAAAGACACGGUAGAAGGGAACGGCUGACAAAUCAGUCACUUAGAACAAAACACGACUAACCGACUGAUCACCCUUCCUUAACAGUGUUUGAUAAAACAGAUUUCUCCCUCCCCCCCCCCCUUUUAGCGAAUUACCACCACACACUUUGGAACUUCGUACUUUUACUCUAUUUACAGCUUCUAUUAUCAUACUGUUAUGUCACCACGCUAUGUUCAACUUUUACGCACAAUUUUUUCCUCCCCUACUAUAAUUUAGCAAUACGUACAUAAUUUGUCGAAGCUUCUCUAGAUGAUAACGAGUUACGUCAACCACGUGAGCUAACUAACACUAACUCACGCGAGAGAGUUGAGCAUGGUAAAAGGAGAAAUGACCCACUGUUUUUUUUUUUUUCUUCUUACUUCAGAUCCGCCUUUAUAUUAAUAGCGUUUUUAGCAGCGAAAAAAAAAAAAAAGAAAAAAAGAAAAAGCUCCACCACUUGUUACAGAGCCUCUUUAAUAACGAAUAUCGAUUAACGAGAGCCUCGUUAAGAUAAUUUAGCGAAUUUUGUAGCAAAAAAAAAAAAAAAUUAACCACGAGAACGAGUC